AUGAGAAGAUUUGGGUAUGAGCAGAGCAAUUCUGACCACACCCUAUUCUUGAAGAAAGGAGAAGAUCGUAUCACUUGCUUAAUCAUUUAUGUUGAUGAUAUGAUCAUAACAGGGAAUAAUAAGGAAGAGAUUAGUGAUCAUAAGGAGAAAUUAUUUAAAGAAUUCGAGAUGAAAGAUUUGGGGAACUUGAAGUACUUCCUUGGUAUAGAGGUUUUUCGAUCAAAAAGGGGAAUCUUCAUCAAUCAAAAGAAAUAUAUCUUUUACCUACUAGCAGAGAUAGGUAUGAUAGACAGCAAACCAACCGAAACACCUAUUGUUACUAAUCACAGAUUACAAACAACACCAGGAGAAAACUCAACCGACAAAGAAAAUUGGAGUUGUGAGUUGAUUUAUGCACCUACCCCAGACAUCUCAUAUGGAAGCAGUCAUGAGAAUCUUGAGAUACUUAAAGGGUACAAGUGA